CUUUCCAGAUUUUCUCACAGGGACCUGCUAAUUCCAUGCCAAAACUAGCAGUGGAUUUCUUCCUUCUAAUCUCCCCUAAUGCCUUAUUCAAUUAUUGUCACUGCUCUCCAACCAUACAGUGUCCUUUCAGACUCUUGUUUCCUAACUGAGUCCACCAGAAGACGCUGAAUGUCCAUCAGGAUGUAGUCUAAGACCAUAAGCCACCUUGUUCCACAUGAAAAGGCAAAAACGAGAACAAGAGAGCAAGGGAGACCUUCAAAGUUUUUCUGGUAACCUCUUCAUCUACGGAUUACUGGCUGGACGCAAACAGGGAAAAGAGAUAUGAGGGGUCUGGAAUAUUACUCUAGUUGAUUGGCAGAGGGGUGCUUGUUAGGAGGGAGGAGAAGCCAGGAGGAGGGUGAACUGGGGCAUUGCAGUGCUCUGCAGGAUGGCGUCGCCUCUGCCCUGGCUGUACAUUAUUCUAUGGGUAGAAAAUACCCUAGGGAAACUUGAAGAUGAAGGCAACUUCUACUCAGAAAACAUCAGUCGGAUCCUAGACAACUUGCUUGAAGGCUAUGACAAUCGUCUGAGGCCGGGAUUUGGAGGUGCUGUCACUGAAGUCAAAACAGACAUUUAUGUGACCAGUUUUGGGCCCGUGUCAGAUGUGGAGAUGGAAUAUACAAUGGACGUUUUCUUCCGCCAGACUUGGACUGAUGAGAGGUUGAAGUUUGGGGGGCCAACUGAGAUUUUGAGUUUGAAUAACUUAAUGGUCAGUAAAAUCUGGACACCUGACACUUUUUUCAGGAAUGGCAAAAAAUCAAUUGCUCACAAUAUGACAACCCCUAAUAAACUCUUCAGAAUAAUGCAGAAUGGAACUAUUUUAUACACUAUGAGGCUUACCAUCAAUGCUGACUGUCCUAUGAGGCUGGUUAACUUUCCUAUGGAUGGGCAUGCUUGUCCCCUCAAGUUUGGGAGUUAUGCUUACCCCAAAAGUGAAAUCAUAUAUACAUGGAAAAAAGGACCACUUUACUCAGUCGAAGUCCCAGAAGAAUCUUCAAGCCUCCUCCAGUAUGAUCUGAUUGGACAAACAGUAUCUAGUGAGACAAUUAAAUCUAACACAGGUGAAUACGUAAUAAUGACAGUUUAUUUCCACUUGCAAAGGAAGAUGGGCUACUUCAUGAUACAGAUAUACACUCCUUGCAUUAUGACAGUCAUUCUUUCUCAAGUGUCUUUCUGGAUUAAUAAGGAGUCUGUCCCAGCCAGAACUGUCUUUGGGAUCACCACUGUUUUAACCAUGACCACAUUAAGCAUCAGUGCCCGGCACUCCUUGCCAAAAGUGUCGUAUGCAACUGCCAUGGACUGGUUCAUAGCUGUUUGCUUUGCUUUUGUCUUCUCUGCUCUUAUUGAAUUUGCGGCUGUCAACUAUUUUACCAAUCUUCAGACACAGAAGGCCAAAAGGAGGGCACAGAUUGCAGCCUCACCCCCAGUGACAAUAUCAAAAGCGACUGAACCCUUGGAAGCUGAGAUUGUUUUGUGUUUGUUUAUUUUUAAGAGACAAGAGUGCAAUCAGCAUCCUGAUUCCAAGUAUCAUCUGAAGAAAAGAAUCUCCUCUCUGACCUUGCCAAUAGUUCCAUCCCCUGAGGCCAGCAAAGUCCUCACUAGGGCUCCUAUCUUACAGUCAACACCUGUCACACCCCCACCACUAUCUGCAGCCUUUGGAGGCACCAGUAAAAUAGACCAGUAUUCUCGGAUUCUGUUCCCUGUUGCAUUUGCAGGAUUUAACCUUGUAUACUGGGUAGUUUAUCUUUCCAAAGACACAAUGGAAAUGAGCAGCAGUGUUGAAUAGCUUGCAGCCAGGAUAACUUCUAUUCUAUAAGUUCUCAUUUUCUAAUUUUUAAAAAUAGCAUUAAGAAUUGUAUGGAUGCUUUUCUGAACAUUGAAAACCUGUAACACAUAGCUUUGAGUAAGCAUAUUUGGGCCAAAAAGCAAUAAUGUUACCCCUCAAAACUGGAAGUUGAAGGUUGUUGAAAACUGACUUUUCUAUAUGUUAGAGGAAGAAUUUGUAUGAGAAUAAGAUGCCCUGAAGAUGAAUUUGCCAAUCUUUGUCUUUCAAUGUUCAAUAUUUUAAUUGUCACUGUGAAGAGCAUUAACCACAAAGAUAAAAUAAGAAAUGCUAAUACUUCCAAAGGUUGCCUUAAAAUAUGUUUAUUUUGGCUUAGUUGUCAAAGAGUACACAAUAUAAAUAGUCUAAAUAUUUAUCAAUAGGUUAAUACCAGCAUGUUGAAGGCCUUUGUGCUAGUAAAAUGGUUUCCAGUGACAUUGUUAAGCCUGUAUUGAACUUAGCCAUUUGUUUUUAACCUUGCUGUGCUAUUUUACCUCAAUAAAUACAUAAAGUAUGCAUAUGUAUAUCGCUUUAAUUAAGCUGCAAUACAGUGGUGUUUUAUCUCAUUAGGAGUUCCUUUAAAAAUAAUAUGCUCAUCAUAAUUCCAUGAGAUUGUAGAAAAAAAUGAGACUAUAAGAAAACUUUGUUAUAUUUUGACUGUGGUUAUAUCUCAUAUUUUCUACCUUUUUAAGUAUGCCACUAAAUAAAACAAAAAAAAAAAACAUGGUUCCCUGGAUCUGGUUAAUAAAGAUAGGGAAAAAGAGCUUUCUCUUAAAUAUGAAGAAAUGAAGUGGUUACCUCUACCCAAUGUUAGGGUCCCCAGUGAUUCUGACAGGUAGAAGGUAUGGGACAGGCAGUCUCAGUCAUCUCGCUCUAAACAGAGUUAAGUUUGUAUUCAAAGAGAUGAUUUUUCAUGUCUUUCCUGCUUCACUCAACAUGCUUUCGGUUGUAAGAUGAAUAAGGUCUGAGCAUCCAGUGUAUAAUAUGAUAACUAGAGUACAGCACUAUAUUACAUAAUUAAAAUUUGGUAAGAGAGUAGAACUUGAAUGUUCUCGGCAAAAAAAAAAAAAAAGGUAAAUAUGUGAGGUGAUAGAUACAUUAAUUGACUAACUCAGUGGGGAGAAUCAUUUCAUAAUGUAUUCAUAUAUCAAAUCAUCACAUUGUACACUUUAAAUACCUUGUGAUUUUGUCAAUUAUACCUCAAUAAAGCUGAAAAAAAUUAA